CAAACGCAUGUGAGGCCAGCGUUUCUCGGCGGCGGCGUGUCGCUACCCGUCACAUGGGGAAAGUGCCGCACUGCAGCGCGUGACCGCCAGCCUCCACUCCGUUUCUGAGUGCUAGCUAGCUUACGUACGGUCGGUCAUGGCCGCCGCUGCAAAUUCAGCUCACGGUCACCGCCUAUGCGCUCCGCUGGUUGCAACGAGCGCGAAUCGCAGCAGUGGUCGUCCAGCUACCCGAACGAUAGUUAGCACAAGAGCUGGAGUUGCUAGUGGGCCGAAAGCGUGGACGGGGAAGCCACCGCCACCGCGGCGCGCCGUGAGGACCAGGGCCGGCGCGGCCGAGGCGCGGCCGUCGUCGUCCUCGCCGGACGCCGUGACCUACGCCGCGAGCAUCUCCACCGACAUGCCACUCUACGAACCCCCCGGGAUCUCCUUCGACGAGUACCUCCAGGACCCCGCGCGCGUGUUCCGCGCCAUGUUCCCCGACGAGAGCAGGAGCCAGCGGCUCAGCGAUGGGGAGUGGCGGAUCCAGAUGCUGCCGCUGCAGUUCCUCCUCCUCACCGUGCGCCCCGUCGUCGUCAUGCAGCUGCGGCACCGCGGCGGCGUGCUCGAGCUCCGAGUCACGGAGUGGGAGCUGAGGGGGCUGGACAGCGGCUACAUGCCCUCGAGCUUCGACCUCGGCGUGCGCGGCUCUCUGUACGCGGACCGGAGCAGCGGCCGCCGCGCGUCCCGGAUGAGGGGCCACCUUGACAUCGCCAUCACCUGUGUCCUGGCGCCGCCCCUGCGCCUCGUGCCGGAGGGCGCCCUGCGAGGCGUCGCCGAAUCGGUUCUGUCGAGGCUGGCCGAGAAGAUGAAGCGGGACGUGGACGGCGGCAUUGUCGCCGAUUUCCAGAGGUUUCGCCGGGAGAAGGCAGUAGCGUCCAGAGCGACGCCAAUGGUGGAUGCGAAGACAUCAGACAGAGACGAAGCCUGAAGGCAGGUUGAAGUUUUCUUCUUCUUCUCGAAUGCAAGCUGAAGGUUUUUUGUCUGGACAAAAUUUGAUCGCUGACGAUCCUAGUCCGGUUCUAGGUGCAGCUUCUCUUGUGCAUGGAGAUUCACUUUAUGUGUAGCGAGAUUCAUCUACAUCUGGUUUCUAUCGUCGACAAAUCUGAAACCAAGAUACACGGGAAACAUGGAGGAGUCCGCAAAUGAUCGAUCUGUGUAGCAUUAUGUAAUCUCCCAACAUAUCCAAUGCGACUCUGACAUGUACACUCACACAAGUGACCUUCUACUCAAGAAUAAAACAUGUAUCUGUAUUCUGUAA